AAUAAUAAUAUAGGCUACAUCGACUUUUGUGAUAAACAUUGAUCAGUACGGUACUGUAUGGAUUUAAAACCUACACAACCCAUACCAAACCUAACUAACUUAAUUGUCAGAAGCCCAUAAAUAUAGUGCACUACACCAAAAUUGUUGUUUAUUAUAUUACUCAUACUAUAUUAUGUCAUAAACUAUCUUAUUACGGGUUGAAUCAAUUGGCUGUUGACCCUAUUUAUUCCUAUCUCACAAAUAGAGUACCAUACAGUAUGUUUUAAAAAAAUGGCGAGUAUUAUAGAGGUGGAAUAGUCAAAUACGGUGUGCCACAAGGUUUCAUUCUUGGUCCACUGUUAUUCAUUGUUUAUAUUAAUGAUUUGCCUAAUAUUAUUGAUUCUUGUAAUGACGAUAGUGCUUCGUAUUUGUUUGCAGAUGACUUAGGUUUGAAAGUGGCUAAUAAGAAUAAGGAUCAUUUGUAUUCUAACACAUUGAAUAAUACCUCUAAAAUUGAAGAUUGGUGUGCAGCAAACAAUCUGAGCAUUAAUUCCACAAAAACAGAGGAUAUAACUUUGAGCUUUGACAGAAAAAUUAAUGACAUAAACUCAAUUAAGCCUAAGUUUCUUGGCGUGAGAAUUGAUACUAACCUGACUUGGAAAUGUCAUAUAGGCUAACUAAUUUAUAAAAAAAUCAACAAGGGCAUCUUCCUUUUACGUAGAUUAUGUAAUAUUGUAGAUAUGUCUGUUUUAAUGAGUGUUUAGUUUGCCCUUAUUCAUAGCCUUUUGCUAUAUGGAAUCCAGCUGUGGGGAAAUGGCUCAACUACAGACAUCUUGUUUAAAUGUCAAAAGAAAGCAGUGAGAAUAAAUUGCCACAAGGCUCCUCGUAGUCCAUGCAAAUCAUUAUUUAUUGAACUCGGACUAUUAACUCUGCCAUCUUUGUAUGUAUUGUCAUGCUUGAUUUCAGUGAAGAAAACUGAAAAUCAAUAUGAUGUUAACUCUAGUAUACACCAACAUAACACUAGAAAUAGGAAUAAUAUAAGAGUCGAGUAUUGCCAGUUUACAAGUUCCCAAAAAAACUGGCAAUACAUGUCAAUAAAACUUUAUAACUCUUUGCCUGAAAAUAUCAAAAGAAUGAGCUUUAAUAGUUACUGUAAAUAUUUAAAAAAGUAUUGGUCAAUGAAAGUUGAAUAUUUCUUUGUAAUAGAUUUUUAAACUGAUGUUUCUGUGUUAUUAAUGACGUUGUUGUAACAUUUUAAUGUUGUGUGACAAUAAAUGAUUUGAUUUUGAUAUUAUUUAACGCAUAGCCUAAGUUAAAUUGUGUACGGUAUAUAAAAUCAUUUUAUUUCAAUUUACUUCCCAAAGUGCUAUUCCCAACAACUCAUCGCUAAGGGAUUACGCCUUUAGUGAACAAUUGUAGAAACCAACUGAUUAACAACUUCUAAACUUGAAUUAUUCUUCUUUAUAGAAUGAAGUGCAAGAAUAUUCCGGCUGAGUUCCAUCGUGAAAGAGUUGGCGUUGCAUCUAGUGCAGAUGCUCGAUUCACCCAUAACAAGAUCGAAGAAUGGAUUGAUAAUCUUGAUAUUCAUGCUUAUGGCAGGCUCUCUCUUGAAAUAGUAGAUGCUCCUCCAGUGCUCUAUUUGGAUUUUCUAUCAAUACUAAGCUUGAAGUUGAACUGGUUUGUCGCCGCUUCAACGGAACUUGCUAUUAUACCACACAACCAAGAAUAUCACCAUCUAUUUCACUUGACUAUUUCGUAUGGAUUGGUGAUUUAUACACUUUGACUGUUCUGUACUGUAUGGAAUUUGAGUAUUCAUAAGAAUGACUUGUCUUAUACUCCCUCCUGAAGUCUCCAAGACGAAAUCUUAAAAAAAAUCUAGUCUAUACACCAGGCUGCAUCAUAGAUUACUUCUGCUCAGACUUGGAUCACCAUGCUAUAAUAAGUCAAUUGAUAACAUCUCCGAUAUGUCAAUAAUCCUCAUUUUAUAGUAAACCCUUGAGAUUGAAGUGCUAGAUGAAUUACUUGAAAAGGUGACGGUCAACCCGAAUUUAUGUUUCUUGAAUUAUCUUUGUUCGGUUGUGAAUCACCCAGAAUUGUGCAUGGGUUUUUGCCAGAUCAAUGCGAAUGAAGUUUACCAUAAAAAUAUUUUAAGGGACGGUUUCCGAGCUCGGGAUUUAGCUAAGUUCUAGACUUUAAACAGCUGGAGUCAGAAAACUGGCUUUCCGAAACGGGGCCUCGUCGUAGUCCACGUUUAAAUUAA